AUGUGCACAAAGAAAAUCCUGGCAUUUGGAGCCGCACUUUUGGCGCUCCAGCCUGUCCUGGCAGUUCCUGUCGCCGACAAUGCUCCGGCAAGACUUCUCCCACGCAACGACACUAAAGUGGUUGACCCUCCCAAAGACGCCAAGCCAGAUGUUACAGAGAUACCGGAGAUGACACCAGAGGAGCUCCAAGAACUUAUUGAUUACUUCAAGGACGAAGGCAUGCAGCUUGAAACUAGGACCUACGAGAUCGACGAGCUUGCUGCUAGGAAUGAGCAACUCAUCUCUGGAGAUGUUUCACUUCUUAAACGCCAGAGCGGGACAUCCAAAGAUGGCCCUUUCCUCUCGUUCCUGGACGGCGAAGUAAAGCCAGGCACAAACCCGCAGUGCGAGGACUUUACUCUCAACGGGCCUUUUACAAAUAUCCAUGUGUUCAUGGGCUCAAGCAACUUGCGCGGGAUCAAGGCCACAAGCUUCUCAGGCAACACAUCAGAGUUGCACUCCAACGUAUCCCUCGCAGAUGCCGAGUUCACAUUUACCGAUAAUGAGCGCAUUACCAAGUUUUCGAUUGCUCGUACCAGCGCAGAUAGCAUCUACGUUUCUGGUUUCAGAUUCGACACCAACGCGGGGAAUUCAUUUGAAAUCCUCGGUUCUAUCUUCUCGCUCCCCGAUUCAACUGGCCCCGUUUAUGUUGAUAUCCCCGUCGGAUCCGGAAUCCUGGCUAGACUCCGCGGCACCAACUGCGAUUCCAUGGAGAUCUUCGGCAGUUUCGGCGUUGACUUUCUUGACGAGCUUGACAGCAUCUCUAUCAGCAACAUCGACUACGAAGGUUUCGCCAACAGCAUCAUGCCUUCCGGCCGGGGAACUCAGCUCUCGAUUGGCUCGCAGAUUCUGGAUAACCGCAACAGCUCGGCCUCGCAGACAAUCACCCUUCAGACCACUGAUGCCGUCACCGAGUCGAGGACGAUCAACACCCAGAUCCGAGCUUUGGUUGGAGGCAGCGUCGCUGUUGAAGGGAAGGUUGGCGUCCCACUCAUCAGCGAAGGUUCUGUCAGAACCGAGGUCAACUGGCAACUCGAGACAUUGAACAACGACGCUGAGAUGGUUGGAUCUACCACCACUCGUGCGGCAACCUUCGCUCUCGCCUGUCCGGCGGGCAAGUUCUGCACCGCCAAGGCUUUCUUCAUGCAAUACAAAGUCGACGUCAACAUGAAUGCGACGUUUACCGCCACUACCAAGUCCGGUUCAACUUAUAACUGGAUUCAAGGAGGCACGUACAAGGGUGCCGACAGCCUGGCCAUGCAGUUCAACGUCACUGAGGUGGACCGCAUCAGCUAG